AAGGGAGGGGGGUGUGCGCAGCCUGUGUCAGUUUCGGAGUCCUGGCGGCUCACCUUCGCGCCAAGGAUCCUGAGCCGAGGCUCCCGGUGAAGCUUUUCCCUCCUCUGCGAACCGGGCCCCCCACCCUGUUCUGUAGCGCCCUGCAUCUCCCCCAGCUCGGGGGCCCUUCCUGCAUUUCCUCGGCGGUGCGUUGAUCCUGGGGACUUUCUGUUUGUUUGUUUUCCCCUUUUCCCUCUUUGUUGCUCCGAAACCAUUCAAGCCGAACCCCCCCCCCCCCACCACCACCCCGGAGGGCGUUCGACUUGUGAAGAAAGGCGGCUGCCGCGGACAGCACUGGCCCCUCCUGCGGACCCGAAAGCCGGUGCGCCCACCCCGUCUGCCCUACCCGCCGGCCGCCUGCGUUCGUACGCCGGAGGAAGCCAGCCGAGAAUUCAUUGAUGCACCCAUUCCAGUGGUGUAACGGUGAUACAGGUUGGUUCUGACUCCUCACCCAAGCUAUCUUAAAGGAGGGUCUUUCUGAGCGACUCAGUUAAAAGAACCCUGUCACAUACUUACCUCAACACCAAACUCUGGCAAGAGGCAGGUGACAACGAUGAUUGAUAAGCCAAUCAGGAUUUACCCUCUGAGGAUGCUUGGUCAGCCAAUCAGGAUUUACCCUCUGAGUCACGUGACAAGGGGAAGCAUCUGGUGACUGGUCAGUGCUUCCCCCGCUGCAGGGUGUUUUUGUGGCCUGGGACUGGUUAGCACCAACAAGUCCUGCUCAAUGCCACCCAUCAGUUUCCAAGACCUUCCCCUCAACAUCUACAUGGUCAUCUUUGGCACAGGCAUCUUCGUCUUCAUGCUCAGUCUCAUCUUCUGCUGCUAUUUUAUCAGCAAACUCCGGAACCAGGCACAGAGUGAGCGAUACGGCUAUAAAGAGGUGGUGCUUAAAGGUGAUGCCAAGAAGUUGCAGUUAUAUGGGCAGACCUGUGCAGUCUGUCUGGAAGACUUCAAGGGGAAGGACGAGCUAGGUGUGCUCCCAUGCCAACAUGCCUUUCACCGGAAGUGUCUGGUGAAGUGGCUAGAAGUACGCUGUGUCUGCCCUAUGUGUAACAAGCCCAUUGCUGGGCCCUCAGAGGCCACUCAGAGCAUUGGAAUCCUAUUGGACGAGCUGGUGUGAAUGCUGCCUCUACACCAAGGCCUGGAGAAGACCGCUUGCCUCAUGGGUGCCUGGCCCCUCCGCACAGCUACGGGUGAACAAGACUGGUGGGUGGUGACUGACGUGCUUACCUGAAGGGGCAGUAAUGCAGGGCUGGGCUCCCACCAUCAGGGGGAGGCCUGAGUCGCCCCACCUUUCUGCCUCCUGAAGCCUUCUUCAGCUACUCAGCACCUGCUACUCAGCACUGGCGUUGUCACCCAUCAAGAACGCUGUAUCCUGGUACCGGACUGUCUACCUGCCUGUCCCUGUGGGGGAAGCUGGGGAAGGCAAUCCACCCCUAUCUGGCCGAGAACUUGGAGCUCACCCCUUAGGAGGACUGGCUGCCCUGACCUAGAAGAAGGGAGGAGAUGGGCCCUGCCCCACCUGUAACCUGCCUCCCCUCUUCGCUCCUUCCACAGGAAGGGGAGAAGGGGAGGAAGGAACCAUCAAGGAACCAAGUGCCUCCAGUGCAAGCGAGGGAGGCUCUGUAGGAAAUCAGGAAGAACAGGGACACGGAAAAAGGAAAGUCAAUGUUUACAUGGGGCCUAUGGAAAUAAAGGCUUGGCCUGUAGGCCUGCUGACCACAGGGUAAUGGGGGGCGGAUGCCUUCCCUCUGCUAGGAUCUGAGGUGCUAUCCAUUCACUGUCUUCCUCAGCUGAUCUCAGAGCGUCCUAUUCCGUUUUGGGGUUAUAGUACCCCUCCAGAGGAAGGGCUUAUUUUACACUCAAACGAAUUCCCAGGGGCUUUUUCUAAAGGAGCAAAAGGGGCCUGGGGAUGGGGGUGUCUGAAGGUUAAGGUGGCAACAGAUACCUUCUUCCCCUUUGUAAAUAGUAUUUUUAUACUUCAUCCCCACCAUCUCAGGCUUUAUACAUGGAAUCCCCUGAAUGGAGGGGGUGGGGUUUCCUCUCUCCUCCUCCCCCCGCAGAAUAGGUGAGGGUGGGAGAAAGGUAUGUAUUUAAAGAAAAUUAAAUUUAAUAACAAGUUUC